AAUAAUUGAACUUUCAGUCACUAUACGGGUACUGAUUUUGAUCUAGCAAUUCCACACUAUGAUGACUUAACCAUGACUGGAUUUAAGCAUACGAUUUUUGGAAGUUGACCAAUUCAUUCUCGAAGCAAAAGCAUGUCUACGCUUCUAGCGCUACCCUUUGCAGGUAACAGCCAGCCACAUCAGCCAGCACUUCCAAUGGACAUCCGAGGGCGAACCACCGCCAAGGAGAAGAGGAAGGAGAGACGGGACGUCGGGGACCUGGUGGCCAAGAAAAGGUUGGAGAACAUACGACUUCACAGUGCCCACACCCGGCACCGCAACGGCAUCAUCAACGCGGCCGAAAAGAACCGGCUGCUCAACACCGAGAAGCAGAUGGACCUGCUGCAGCGGCGGGCCGCAGCCAACAUCUCCCGCUACCAGCACCAACUGCGCCAGGAGCUGUACGAGAUGGAGGCUUCCCGGCGUGCCCUGCGCCACCACUCCGUGACCGAGGUGUCCAGCGAGGCCCACACGGACAUGAAAGGCUUGGCCAAAUUUGCGGCUCGAGGCCGGUACCUGUACUCGGUCCGCAACGAGACACGUUCCCAGAAGGAGGAAAUGGAGUCCUACAACGGCCGACUGGAGCAGGCCACCAAGCUGCUCAGACCGGCCCGGAGGCAAAGCGUGGCGGCCAUGGACAACGGUAAGAACAUGGGAUCCAAUCCAUCUGACACGUACCAUGAGAUUGGCAGGAGGAUAAGUAUGGCCAGGCUCAACUCCAUGACAGAGGAACAUUUCGAAAACGAGUGUCCAAUAAACGAAACAGAACCAACCACCGACACACCUGUUGAUGAACAAGCGCUCCCUGACCACAGCAACUCGUUGCCACCGCCCUUCGACAUGGUCAAGCUCCGUUCUGAACUGGGCCCAGACCUACAAAAAGAACUUGACAGUCUUGAAAUCGAUGAUGGCCGAGGUACAUGUCUCAUUCCGAUACAUCCCAGCCCGAAUUACGAGGUGUGUCCAACGGAGCUCAAUCCCCCCACCAAUGCCACGAAAUGUUCGCCCAAGCCCCCAGCCAAAUUGAAGCUGCCGCCGGUACAGGUCAACCGACAUUUCAUCUUAAGAAAACCAUCUACCAAACAGCUACUAGCCUCAAUAGCAAAACCAACACUCAGCACAGUCUCUGAGACCUGACGGUGCACGUGUAACUGUCUUUCUGCAUGUAUUCUCAACAAUAAUGUAGCACUCGGCACUUUAAAUGAGACGUUUCCACUGGCUUGGUGAUUUGUGAUUUCACGAUAUUGCACAAAUGUUCUGCCUUUAAUUCCAGAAAAUAGU